AUGUCAUUAAUAGAGAAUAUCCAAGAUUUAACAGAAAAUACUAAUACGGCUUCUCCUCUCCUAAAUGAAACAAAAAAUGACAAAUGUUUUUAUUUAAUGCCUGUAUUAUUUAUAUUAUUAAUUGCUCUUUUUGCAUGGUGUAUUAUACUAAAUCCUAAGUUGGUUAAAACAGUAGUUAAAAUCUUAUUCGAGGAGUUAUAUGGUAUGUUGUGUGGUCUGUCUUAUUAUAUAUAUAAUUUAUUUAAAGCUAAGGAUACAAUACCACCCGAAUCACAUAAUGCAAUAAAAUAUAUAAAAAUAAGGAAAAAAGCAUCUGAAAUUACAAACUUACAGACUAUUCCAGAGAAUGAAUCAUCACAUGAUUGUUUAUCAAGUUUACACCAUCGACAAAAUACAUUAAAUCCAUUGAAUUCACAAGAAUCCACUAAAACUCCUGGUUACUGAUUCAAAUAUAC